AUGUCGUUAUUCGGUAAUCUGGGCAACAAUGCUCAGCAGCAGUCCUCUGGUACUUCUCUUUUCGGCGGAGCUUCCAACUCCAACAACACCCAAUCUUCACAACCCGCCCAGUCGACCUCUUUGUUUGGCCAACCUCAGCCUGCGCAAUCGAACUCCACUCCCUCGCUCUUCGGUCAGCAGAACCAACAACCCCAGCAACAGUCAUCGACUCCCUCCCUCUUCGGCGGUGCCGCCCAGCAGAACCAGCAACAAUCUUCGACCCCAUCCCUUUUCGGCGCAUCCGCUCAGCAGCCUCAACAGCAGCAACAACAACAACAACAACAGCAGCAGCAGCAGCAGUCCGGCGGCAUGUUCGGCUCCACCAACAAUGCGCAAACACAGCAGCAGCAUACCGGCCUCUUCGGCAAGCCUGUUCAGCAGACGAACAGCCUUUUCGCUCCGAAUGCUACUGAUCCCAACCAGCAACAGCAGCCUGGCAUGUUCGGCGUGAACAAUGCAAACUCUUUGGGCGCCUCUUUACUCAGUGCUUCUCUCUCUGCCUUGCCAUCGGCUCUUACAAACAAGCCCACCACCAUUGGCUUCAACCAACAAGCCAUGGCACCUCCCCGCGACAAGACGAUCCCUCAGCAAAUGGACGCCAUCUCCCAAAAGUGGAACCCUGAAUCUGCCGAGUGUCUCAUGCAACAUUACUUCUACGUCGCCGUACCACCGGAAAAGGCCCCCUUUAUUACCAUGCCUGAUAAUGCCGACGAACGCGAGUGGGAAAAGGCCCUACGCAACAAGCCGACUGAGGGAUCUGUUCCCGUCAUCGCAAGAGGAUUUUUGGAUUUGGGCACGCGCUUGCAAAUGCAGGUCGAUGCAGUCAAGCAAUUGCAAAUGCGGCUCCAUGAGAUGAACAACAGUCUGGAUGCCAUGAUGCAGAAGCAUGAGUUGGUCUUGAGUGUCAGAGCAGCAGAAGCGAAGAGAAAGCAUAUUGGUCUGAGCCAAAGAUGUCUCGCCUUGGCAAUCCGUGCGCAAGUGCUCGCGAACAGAGGAUUCGUUCUGGACGGCGCAGAGGAGGAGCUCAAGAAGAAGUUGGCGACGUUGGAAAAGGCAGUAUUCGACCCAGCAUUCUCAGGAAGAGAAGAGGAGAUCUGGGCGCGCAUGGUGGCCAUUCGGGAACGAACCAGAUGGCUGCAGGAAGAGAGCGAGAAGCUGGGCCGCCAGGUGUCUGGAGAGAACGGUGGUCUGGACGAGCAGGUGAUUGCAAAGACAAAGAAGAUUCUCCACGAUUACGAUACACAGAUCCAGCAUCUGCGCAAAGAGCUGGAACAUGUCAAGAAGGAGUAUGAGGAGUGGGAGGCCGCUAGCAAGCCUAGCAAAUGA